AGAGGAGCUGAGUAUAGAAACUGUUCUCCCUCCUCCUUCCCUCCACCCCCUCAGAUUUUGGGGGGAGGGACUGGUCCUGCCUGGAGAGGGGUUGUUAGGAAAUCUUCCCACCACCUUGCUGGUAAGGGUGAGGGAGCUGGGUGUGUGGAGAAGGGAGGAGAGUGGGCCUAUCCCCUCCCCCCCCCCCCCCUCCUGGGCAGGGUGGGGAAGCUGGCAUGUGGGGGAGUGAGGCUAGGCCAGAUCUCUCCCCUAGCUGCGGGAAGAGGAGAACGGACACAGUCACUCCAGUGUAUAAAGCAAGCACCAGGCAAUCAGAGCAGCGCAGACCCCAGCAGGAGGCCUGGACAGCAAAAGAAUGUUUUCCCUCCUGCUCGCUCUUUCUCUGCUGGCGUGGGAGGCGGCGGCCGGCCUGACAGACAGAGCAGCUCCAGCUGCCUUGGGGGAUUUCACAGCUCUUUUCCAGUUGACCCAGCAAGACCCCUGGGAAAACGACGUUAAUCUUACCAGCAUGUCCUGUGAGGAUCUGAGGAACAAGACAUGGACCCACUUGCAACUGAACAACAACAGCCUGCAAGCCUUCCCUGCCUGCCUGCCUGGGGGACUGGAGGCCUUAGACCUCAGCACCAACCAGUUGCCUGCGCUGAGUGGCGUGGAGAUAGCGAACUUCCCAAAGCUGCGCACCCUCUGCUUGAGGCACAACCACAUCCAAGAAGUUGCGUGGGGAACCGGAGCCCUCCCGAGCCUCCAGUUCCUGGACCUAAGCGCUAAUAAAUUGUCCUCUCUGCCAUCAUGCCAGACGGCCCACCUGCCAAACCUGAAGUGGCUGUCGCUGGCCGGAAACCCCAUCACUGCACUCCAGCCUCUGGCUUUCUCCUGUUAUCCGCAGCUACAGUUCCUGAACUUGUCUGCCACUCUGCUAGGGCAUGAGAGUGGCGGAGGGAUUAGCGCGUCAGCCUUUGCCAUGAACGUGUUGCAGGGAGACACCGGGAACAGAGCUAGGAGCACCAUUGAUGUGCUUGACCUGAGUGGGACCUUUCUCGAGAAAAUUCAGCAGGAGUGGGCACAGGACUUGGUCAGCCUUAGGUCGCUCCACCUUGCAAGGAUGGCCCAGCUGAGGAGCUUCGAUACGGAUCUAUUCAAGUCACUGCCCAGACUGAGAGAACUGAAUUGCCAGGACUCCCGUGCGCUGAGCGGGGUGAGGACGGAGCUAUUUGACGAUGCUCCUCACCUGACCUUUCUCACCUUCCAGAACUGUAACCUGAGUUCCUUUAAUCCUUGGAAUAUCAACUCAUCAGGUAGCAUCAGCAUCAACCUGUAUGGAAAUCCUUUAGAGUGCAACUGUGGACUUUCCUGGCUCCUUUCUGAUCCGGAGAGAGUUGUACUGCAAAGGGCAUCCGACACAAUUUGCAACACAGCCUCGGAAGACAGAGAGAAGCCUUCAUCCUCAUCGUCUCUUUCGCUGUUACAACUCUAUGAUGAAUGCCAGGCCAAGAGAAACACCACAUUCCCCACAUCAAACACUCCCCCUCUCACAGAAGACUCUUCCAACCUUCCCAUUAUCGAUUCCACUACUGCGGCAGCAACGAUGGACUCUACUCUAUUUGCCGAAGAACAUUAUAGUGACUCCUUGGUGUCACGAAACAUGGUAAGUAUGACGCAAACAGCUCAGAUGAAGAACGAUCCCACAAGUGCGGACACUUUUUCCAAAUCUACUACCGAUCCCACUACUGAAGGAACCACAGCCACCUCUUCAACAAUUCUGGGAGAGCUUUAUGGCGACUCCUUAACUCAGCAAAGCACUGCGAGUACAAUCAAAACAGAUCCAUUGAAGAGAAAUGCUACAACGACCACUGCUCUGUUUCCCCAAGAGGAAACAUUCUACCAGUCUACUAAUAACCCUUCCACUGAAGCGACAGGACCAACAGGGACAAACUCUCCUAUUUUUCCUGGCACAGUAAGUCCAUCUCAGACAGAUCAAUGGCCGCAAAAUCCCACAAAGACAAACCUUAUUCCAAAUCCUACCCAUGCUGUAAUACACAUGGAUUAUGAAGAUGACUAUUACGAAGAUCAAUCAAAGGAAAGCAUAACUCAACCGAUAAUAGUCUCUUGUGACUACGACCCCUGCCACCACCUCCAGAAGCCAUGCUCUGAACUUCAGAGGUUGUCCCCAUGUCUGUGUCCUGGUGUGUCUGGAGAAGACACUGUUCCAGAUCCACCGAGGCUCAGAGAAGUGUCUGAAACGACAGACACAUCAGCUCAGAUCCACUGGUGUGCCCCCAGUUCAGUCGUUCAUACUUAUCAACUUGCAUACCAUUCCAAAGGCAGCGAGAAGAGCCUGGUUGAUGAGAUCUAUCCCACAGCGAGGCAGCAUACGCUAUACAAACUUUCACCAGACACCACCUAUUGGGUGUGCGUGAUUGCUUCUAACAAAGCAGGAUCGAGCCAGACGACGAGUGAGAAGAUUUUGGGCAAUCCAUGCACCCAGUUUACAACAAAGCCCAGCUAUAUAUCCAUCUUUGUGGUCUUGUCCCUAGCAAGUGGGGUCUUCCUAAUCACCACCAUGGUAUUGUCUGUGUGUCUGUAUCAGAAAUGUAAAAAGCCUCACGCUGAGCAAUACGGCACACACCUCAUCUCUUAUAAAAACCCAGCAUUUGAUUACCCCUUAAAACUGCAGCCAUGUAAUUAGCCCCAGGUAGUUUUGUCAACAUAUUUUGCAGUAAAACAUCUUAUAGCAACACAUCUAAGUGGGAUCCAGCUGCUCACUUGGUUAUGAGUUCCUCACAGGGCUGACUUCAUCUCUGUUGUAAUUUCAAAGAAAUUACACUGGGGACAGCUGUGGCUCCGAAUGCUUUGUUUUGUUACAACAGGACACCACCUGGCCUGUUUCUGAGAUCUCUAUUUUCCAUUUCCAAAGAUUUGUGUUUGGGGUGAAGUUUCUCUUUUUAUUAUAAUGUAUAAUUAUUUUCUGGCAGCUGAUCGGGAGGUCCCAAUGAUGAUGAUUUAAAAAUGAAGUGAGGAGGGAUACGGGUGGCACAGCCUUUAUAUGGAAGGAGGAAGAGGCAUAGUCCUGACGUUCCUUGGCUAUAGUACUUCUCUAAACUAAUCUAAGGUGAUGUUGAAGCACCCCGAAGAAAAGCCCUGAUAGAAAUAAUCCCUAGCAUGUAUAUAGUGCCUUUCAGCUGUAGAUAUCAGUGUUUUACAAAGGUGCAAGGGUUUAUAGAUUUUAAAAUCAGAAGGGACUAGUGUGAUCAUCUAAUCAAACCUCCUACAAAACAGUGACCAUAGAAUUUUGUCCUGUGAUUCCUGCGACAAGCCCCUAAUUUCUGGUUGGUAAAACAUCUGUCAUAGCAUAUACCCCUUGUACAGAUGGGGAAAUUACCAAGAGGAAUGGCGAGCUGUUUUUUUUUAAAAGGUCUUUAGGUGCCUAAAGGUACUUUUGAAAAUCCCUGUAGGCCCCUAUCUGCAUCAUUAAGCACUUAAAGACCUUUUAAAAAGCUGGCUCAAAGUCCACAGCCCUAUUUAGGUGGCUAAAUAGCAAUGUCCUCUUUAUCAAAAAUGCUGUGCACACACAAAUCCACUUGCCCCUUUGAAAAUCAGGCUACCCUAUUUAGGAGCCUCGCUAUGGAUGUAAGAGCCUGACAUUAGGCACCCAGCAUUGGAAAUAUGGACGUUUGGGCUUUUGUUUAAAUACCUACUCAUCCCCAAACACUUUUUUUGAAAGUGUUACCAUCCUGCCUUAUUAGUGCAUGUCCCUGAGACUAAGUCUACAUAAUAGCUGGCUGGUGCAACAGGGACUCGGUUGGGAUUGUACUCGGAUAACUAGACUGAGCCACGCUGCCAUGGCCACACUGUUGUUAUUAAGUAUCAGAGGGGUACCUGUGUUAGUCUGGAUCUGUAAAAAGCAACAGAGAGUCCUGUGGCAUCUUUAAG